AGUAAAUUGACUCACCACUCUCAUGUUUUUUUAAUUUUUUUAAACAUAAAAUUAUAGUUAAGGCCCCAAUGACAUAAUUAUAUUGCUAAUAAAAAAUAAAAAUAAAAAUAGCCAAUGUUUUGUGUAUUGCCAACACUGGAUAAGGCGACGUAAACAGAACCUUCUAUUGUGCCAGCGGCUUCUUGAUUAGGGUUGCAUGUAAUUGUUAAUUAUGGCUGAUCAGGAAGAUUCUAUGAAUGAAGAGCAAUGGCUUUACGGUGAUUCAACAACUGACAAUUUACCAACUUUAGAAAUUAAAAAAGAAAUUGAAGAGAAACAAAAGGAGGAACCCCCCGCUGAGCCAGUCAGUGAACCAGUUAUUCCUGAGACCAACAGCAUCAAUCCUGAGAUAAAUCCGGCAGAAGGGACAGAACCUGGUGAAGUAAAGGAUGAUGAACCUGCAACUGCUGCAUCUCAAGAAAUUGACAAUGAAAAGACAAAUACCAAUGAGGGCGGGGAGGAGGAAGAAGAGGAAGACGAUGAUGAUGACAGUGAAGACGAUGUGAGGGUCACCAUCGGUGAUAUAAAAACAGCUCCUCAGUAUUCUAAUUUAAACAUUAAAAGAGGCGCUCAGCUGUCAUCUGGCAUUGAAAAAUUAAAUAAACAACAGACUGGAAAGUUUUCUAUUGAAGAAUUCGAGAGUAUUGGUACGAUAAAUGGUGUCCCCGCUCACGAAUUUAGUAUUGAUGCGCUUGAAGACAAACCUUGGAGGAAACCUGGUGCAGAUAUAACAGAUUAUUUCAACUACGGAUUCAACGAGGAGACCUGGAGAGCCUAUUGCGAAAGACAGAAACAGAUGAGAGUACACGAGUCUGGGGUCGGCCUCGGAGGCCUGGGAGUCUCUCGGGUAAAUCCCUCAUUGACAGUUGUUAACGAAAACUCAAAAUAUGCUAGCACCGGGAGUACGCUCCUAAUCGGAGGGGCGACGCAGGGCCAGAGAAAGGCUGGGCCUCCGCCAAACGCAAGGCGAGCAGGCGUCAUAGAUGUCAUUGGAACUGUCAAUUCCAGGCGACCGGUCGAUUCACCUCCCAAAGAGAGUCCAAUACAGGUUAUGAGCAGUGAAAGGAGAGACUACAACCGCAAGAGCUUCGACAUGUCGGUGCCCCCGCCAGGCUUUGACCCCCCUCCUCCCCUCUCUAUAGUUCCUAGUUAUCCAUCUCACGGAGGAUACAAUCAAGAUUUCUACAAUCCAGAAAUGGAUCCUUACUACCAAUCUUAUGACAAUUCACAAGAUAUGCAAUGGGGUGGUCAAAUGAUGAAUCAGGUUUGGAGUUCAAGGCAUCGUGACAAAAAAUCCCACGGUUCCCAUUCCUUAGACCAUCCUAAAAGAUCCAAAUACCUCCACAAUAAUUCUAUGAACAAGGACAUGGAAUUGCCUGGAGGGGUGACCAUUAAACAAGAACCUGUCGAGAAGAGCAGCAAGGACAGAGAAAGGGAUCGAGAAUCCCGCCACAAAGAGAGACAUAGACACCGGUCACGCAGUAGGAGCGGAGAUAGAUCAGAAAGGAGAAGGAAACAUAAGAGUCGUAGUCGUAGCCCAGGCCAUAGGAGCCAUAAAAAGAAGAAGUCUAAGAAAUCCGACCGCAGCAAGGAAGGGAGUGAUUAAUUUUAUUGUUUUACUGUUUUAUAUAGAUAUUGUUCAAGUAAAAUUGUGUUGGAUUACUUGAUGUACAUUACCAUUACCAAACUUGUUGUAUAUAUCCCUUCCUGUUAAUUGUGAUUAUCAAACUUUACUAUCGAUAAGAGUUCUCUCAUGUUUUCACUUUUUUUCUUUUUAUUUACCUUUCUUUUCCACUUAUUGAUGGUGAUAUAUGUUGAAAGUACAAGAUAUACUUCAUAAAAUGACUGCUGGAAAGUGACUUUUUUAUUAUUUAUAUUUAAUGUACUAUAAAUAUAAAAUUUAACAACAUUUAU